AUGCGACCCGUUCCCGACUUGCCUUCAUUCUCCCACAAGCCCUCCUUUGACCACUCCCCAUCUCUCGACCCCCGCACCGCUGCCCCCGCAACUUUCUUCCUAUCCCGUAGUCCGCAGCUCUCCAACUCGGAGCCUGAUUCCCUGUCAGAUGAUCCCGAUGAUCUGAAAGAGACUAUGUAUGGUGUACAAAGCAUAAGCGAAACACUAUGUCGAUCCGAGCUUGCGCCUAGUCUACCUGAGCAUCCCGAUGAUCAGACCCGAGAGCGUCCAUUCGAGAAUGACGAGUCAGAGGAGUCAAAGAGUAGUCGGAGACGCUCGACACUGAAGCCCGUUGGGUCUGAGAUUCGGGCACCAUCGAUGCGACCAUCUGACACGGAUGCAGUAUCCCGUCCCCUUACCCCAUACAAUCCGGACGACCCGUCCUCUUUACCAAGUAGUCCUAAAUCAAUCUCCAAUCGAUCUUUUCGACCCUUUGACGAUAUUUCAAUCACAGACGAGAUCAACAGCCAGGUGAUCGGAUCAGAUGACGAGGAUAAGCCAGGUCGCUCGCCGUAUUUGGGGCCUCAAGGAGCCUCACAACUGAUCAUGCCGAGUAUUAAGAUGCCUAGUCGACGACCGUUUACAGAGAGGGGUAAAGCUAUGGGUCGGUUCAAGAUACUGUUAGGUGGAGCUUCAGGCUCGGGAAAAACAUCCCUGAUAAAAUCCAUCGUCCAAACUUGUGAACAUAUCGUUCACGUUGAUUCUCUUCCCCCGGUGAAUGCGUCGCUCGAGAGGCGGCGGGCCUCGCGUCCCCACUCCUCUGUCUCCACUCGCGGGGCUGCCGUCACCGAGAUCUACGCUAGCACCAAGCCUUAUCCCUCGUGGUGGUCGGAUCUCGAGGACUCACGUGUAUUGCGACGUCGAAAGAGUAUUGGUGAGGUUGUGUUAGAGCGGAAUCUCUGCUUUGUAGACACACCCGCUACAUCGCUGAGCCGAGCUGGGCAAACCGAUGCUAUUUUGCAAUACAUGCGGCAGCAACUUCAACGCGCAACAUCUGCUCUAGCUACCCCAGGAAAUGAUUUCCAGAACCUCCUAGCAGGGAAUGGUGGCUCACAGGUGGAUGCCAUCUUAUACUUAAUCUCGAAUGAUACACUGGCCGCGGAUGUGGAAUGUAUUCGCAAGCUUUGCGAGCUGAGCAACGUCAUACCCGUCGUAGCCAAGGCGGAUACCUUAUCCUCUGAGCAAAUCGCUACCAUUAAAUCUCAAUUCCAACAACGGGCACAAGAUGCCGGGGUUAAAACAUUCUCAUUUGGAGACCUGGUCACCCAAGGAUUCGACGGACUUGAGAUUCAAUCGCCGUAUGCUGUGUCUUCUGAAAAGACAAUUGACAUGGAAGUAAUGGAUGCCAGCAUACUGAUGAAUCCUGAUUACGUCCAACCACUUGUUCCAUCUGAACUGGGAAUCUUAGUGGACCGCUUGUUCGACCGAGACAAUCUCUCCUGGAUGCGUCACUCGACAGCAAAGAAGUUGAUGCAACGGCGUGACUGGUUUCUCCUUACAUCAUCCACAGGAGUACCUCUUCACAAUGCACUUUCCGGUACAACACUUAACUGGCGUACUGCUUCAGGUACAUCGGGGCCAUCGUCCAUUUCUUCACUCGGUGAUACUCAACCAAGUUAUGCCAUGGCACGAAUCACAGACUACACUCGCCAUGAAGAACGUAUGGCUCAGGCUCGACUAGCUAGCUGGGCAACUGACCUACAACGAAGUUUACAAAACGAGCGGGAUAGAUAUGCAGCCCUAACCAGAGGUGAUCGUGCCGUAUGGUUGACUGAAAGACUGAGUGAAUGCGUCGUUGACGGUUCACUUGUGCCUAUCUCCAAGACCCCAGGGUUCUGCGGCCUCCACGUGCCUAUCAGUGAGAGUGGAACUGAUGCCUUGCGUACGAUGAACGCGCAUGGUAUCUCAUCUCCAAAUUAUCCCACGGCUGGCUGGAAUUCGCAGGACCCACUCGGUGUUGUCGGCUGGGUCGACGAUCUUGGAAAACGUGGUUGGGCUAUCGUCCAAAUCGUGGGUAGUGUUGGGGUUGUCGGUGGAUUGGCCCUUUGGCUUGCUCGUGCAUGGGGACUUCCAGCACGGACUCUUACUGAUAUUCAGGUGGAGUAUCGUCUAGGCGUAUGGAGUGGUGAUUGA